UCUCUCGCCCUCUUCCACCCUGAUCUUUAAUGCAUACAUUCCCCGGGCGCCGCUCGUCCCUAAUCCUAUGGGAUCAGCGGGCCCGUGAAGGCCCCCCGGGGUCCCCCCCAAGUAGUGAUGGCUUUAUAAGGGACCCAGAGGGAGCGGGGAUGCAGUGUCCACCAUGGCCUCCAAACUCAAGGAGCGGAGGAGGACGCCGGUUUCCCACAAAGUGAUUGAGAAGCGGCGGAGGGACCGUAUCAACCGCUGCCUCACCGAGCUGGGGAAGACGGUACCCAUGGCUCUGGCCAAGCAGAGCUCGGGGAAGCUGGAGAAAGCGGAGAUCCUGGAGAUGACGGUGCAGUACCUGCGGGCCCUGCACUCGGCGGACUUCCCUCGUGGCCGGGAGAAGGAGCUGCUUUCCGAGUUCGCUAACUACUUCCACUACGGCUACCACGAGUGCAUGAAGAACCUGGUCCACUACCUGACGACGGUGGAGAGGAUGGAGACCAAAGACACAAAAUACGCCCGCAUCCUGGCCUUUCUCCAGUCCAAAGCGCGCUUCGUCACCGAGCCCCUCUUCACUUCUCUGGGCUCCCUCCCGGAGCCGGACUUUUCCUACCAGCUGCACCCUGGGCCCGAGUGCUCCGGGCACAGCCACAGUCCCGGCGAGGCCGUUCUCCAGCCGCCCGCGGGGGGGCCUUUUCCCUGGCACGGUGCUGCACGCAGCCCCUCCCUGCCCUACCAUCUCCCCAACGCCGCCGUGCCCCUCGCCAGUCCCGGCCAGCAGCGCAGCACCUUCCUUUCCUCCGUGCAGGGGCUGGACCGCCACUACCUCAACCUUCUCGGCCAUUCCCACCCCAACGCCUUCGGCCUGCCCCCGGGCCAGCACCAUUCCAUGCUAUAGAGACUCAGCCCCACCCGAAAAAUCCUAUUUAUGACCGCGGACUCUGCGAGUUACUCCCGGGCGCACGGGGAGACUGCCGGAGGCAGGGAGAUGCGCGGAGGUCGC